AUGUCCAAUGAAACAAGAGUCAAUCUUAAAUAUUCAACAAUUUUUCAAGCCUUUUUUAAAUCUUAUUCACAAAAUGGAGAGCGUCAUUUGAAUAUGACUACUGAGAAUAUUAUUCAACUGAAAGAUGAUACUACUUCUACUACUACUAAUACUGAUAAUAAUAAUGAUGGGGCACAUACAAUUGCUCUAAUACCAUUUUCUGAUUUUUUCAAUCAUAAUCCAAAUAUUGCUACUAACACUAGGUUGGUUUUAUCAAACGAUACUAAUACAUUGGAAUUAUAUUUAGAUCAAGAAGUUUCUGAAAAUGAACAGGUUUUUAUCAAUUAUGGUCCACAUGACAAUUUAACGCUAUUCACUGAAUAUGGAUUCAGUCUUCCUUAUUUGGAAACGAAUGCUACUACUACUACUACUACUAAUGAUGUCAUUUAUUUAAGUUCUUGUUUUCUCAUAAACUUAUUUAUUCAGUUAUAUAGUGAAAUAAAAGUGACAACAUAUCCUCCAUCUGUCAUUCCUCCUCCUCCUCCUCGUCCUCUACCUUCAACAACAACAACAACUGCUGCUGCUUCCACUUCUACAACUACUUCCUUCUCUUCAGUGUCUAGCAGUCAUCCGUCGCCAUCCACUUCCCAGAGAAGUGAAUAUAAAUCAGAAGGUGACCAACAAUCGGAUAUUGUCAUUAUGAUGCGUGAAUAUUUCUACUUAAUUCUUGCUAAAUUACACCUUCCUCAGCCGAAAACUUCAUCGAUUCAAGACGACAUUCUAUGGAGAUCUGUUUAUGUAUCCAACAGUGUUGAUUCGCAUAACUCAUCGUAUUAUCUAAGUUUAAUAUUAUUCUUAAUGUAUACAACAUUUAUCACUGGUACUACUACUGAUAAUCAUAAUAAUAAUGAUAAUAUUAGUAAGCAGAAUCACCGAUCUCUUGAUGACAUCUUCAACAUCUCAGAAGAUUUGAUCUCAACAACUAUUCAACCAGUAUUAAAUAGGAUUUAUACACUUCUGUUAGACAACAUAAAGUGCGAUCGUGAGAAAAUUUUACAUCUGCUGAAAUCAUCUCUAGAAGUUCAAGGAGGAGCAACAAGAACGCCGACAGCGACCCAACCGUCUUGUACAGUGAAUGAUUUUUGUAAGGAAUUUUUAUACUAUUUAGAACAACGUGAAUGUUUUGUUCAAGGUUUAAUGAUGAAUUAAUAAUCAUUUUCAUUAUUGAUUGUAUUCUGGAUAAUCUAGUAAGCACAACAGAUUAAUUCUGGACAGUGUUUAUGUGAUGUGUAGAGUUUGCCAUUCGGGCAGAAAUCGGCGCAAAAAAAGGGAAAAUUAAUGUUUAAAAGGGGAAAUAUUGCUGAAAUAAUAGUUAAAGUGGGAGAGUAGUGCGUAAAUACUGGGGAAAUAUUGAUUGAAAUUGUUGGGAAAUAUUGUUCAUUGAGUGGUCAUAAACGGCGGGACAUUGGCUAAAAUUUAGUCAGAUAAUGUUCACAAUUGUAAAG